GAAACACUUCUUCUGGUCUCUCGCUCGUCGUUUCUGCAAUCUAUGAGGUGAUGGCGCAGCGGCUGAUGAGCUCUGGCAAGUCGAUUUUUCGAGCGUUGAAUCUGAAUCAUUUGGGCGGCGGCGCUGCUGAAAGCCGUCCGUUCAUUCGUGCCCUCGCGCCCGCCAAUCUGAAAAGGAAGGCCUCCAACUCAUUUUCCGCGAUUCAGGACACCUAUUUUUCUACUAAGGAAGUCUUUGAGAGCCAUCGGGUUGUUUUCACUAUUGGUACAUCAAUAGCAUCAAUAUUGACUGCAUGGGCAGGUUAUUCUUUGCGCCAGCAUCAUCAUUCAAAUGUAGAAAGGAGGCUCGAGUCAAUUGAAAAAGCGAUGAUGAAAAACUACAAUGUUGAACGCGAAGAAAUCAAAAGAAUUGUCGGUGCAGACAAUGUUAGCACCACAGCUUGCAUUGCCACUGCUGGGACUUCCUUGAUUGUUGGAUAUGGACUUGGCUGGCGAGGUGGUUUGUGGUUUGCGAACAGAAAAUUUAGAAGGGAGCAGCUCAAACAACUGGGCCAAGUGAAAUCUCGUGGAUGGCAAAGUUUGAGAAGCCCUUUUGUAAGGUUCAGGAAAAAACCCUCUCUCAAUAACACUGUAGAGCUCACUGGAAACACUUCUGCAACCUCUGUUCCAAGCUAAUAAUAAAUCAAUCUUCCUAAGUUCUUGAUACGAGAGCUCCCUAUCUGGUGUUGUAAAGAUAUAAGAAGAAAAUGUUUAUAUAGUUUUUGAAAUCUUGUGCCAUUGAGGUCUUCCCAUACCAGAUUUGAAAUGAUAUUGGUGUGUGUGUUUUCUUCGUUUUAUAAUUAUCUCAAGUUAUCAAUGAUAUCGGCUGCUUCAUGCAUUAUAAUAGCAGACAUUUUUUCAUUGUUUCA